UCUCGUGAACGUCGCAUGGCAGCUUCCCUCCUUCGUCUCCACUUCCAUGAUUGCUUCGUGCAAGGUUGUGACGCGUCAAUCUUGCUAGAAGAUGCUCCUUCGAUCGUGAGCGAAAGGAAUGCGUUGCCUAAUAAGGGUUCUGUACGAGGUUAUGAAGUCAUAGAGGCUGCCAAGUCUGAGGUUGAGAAACUAUGUCCUGGUGUCGUUUCUUGUGCAGAUAUACUCACCGUGGCUGCACGUGAUGCAUCAGAAAUGGUGGGUGGUCCGUCGUGGUCUGUGAAGCUUGGAAGGAGAGAUUCAACCACUGCUAGCCUUGCUCUUGCAGAAACCAGUCUUCCUAGUUUUAAAGCUUCCCUUGAUUCGCUUAUUAAAACGUUCGAGGAUAAUGGACUUAGUGCCAGGGACAUGGUUGCAUUGUCAGGAGCUCAUACUAUUGGACAAGCUCAAUGUUUCUUGUUUCGUGACCGGAUAUACAGCAACGGAUCAGAUAUCGAUGCUGGUUUUGCUAGUACCCGCAGACGUGGCUGCCCAAUAAACGACAGGAAUGGAAAUCUAGCUCCGCUAGAUUUGGUGACACCCAAUUCGUUUGACUACAACUACUUCAAGAACUUGAUUCAAAAGAAGGGUCUUCUGGAAUCAGAUCAAGUGCUUUUUAGUGGUGGAUGCACAGACAGCAUUGUGUCUGAAUAUAGUAACAAUCCUUCCAAGUUUAAGUCGGAUUUUGCAGCAGCGAUGGUGAAGAUGGGGGAUAUCAGGCCAUUGAUGGUGGGGAUACAGCCAUUUUGUUAG